CGGCCGCUCCCGCUUGCCUGUCUGCGUCACGCCAUCCGCCGCGUGCAGGCCAUGUAGUAAACUGUACAGGGCUACAGGGAACCCCUUCCGCCCGCUCCUUUUCCCUUUCUUGCUCCCUCCGCCGCCCUGCUGGCUGCCGUCAGUGCUGCGUCUGCGUGCGAGCGGAGCGCAUCAGCAGCAGCUCCCGAAUUCUCCGCCAUUGGCUCGCCACCGCCGCGCCCUUGACUAGCUCGCCUCGUCUCGUCUCGUCUCGUCCCUAAUCUCUCUCUCUCCCGAGGAUCAGGACCGUGCGUGCCAUCGGGUCCUGAGUCCUGACGGCGACAGCCUACCGCACACGCAGCGCAGCGGCAGCCGAGAAACAAACAGGGGAGGGGAGGAGGAGAGCAGAGGACGGGCGCUCAAGCAAGCAAAGCGAGCGAGUAACCAGCAGCUCCUCAGUCAGCGGCAAGAGGGAUCAGGGCGCUUCCCCUGCCAGCUUUGGUCAGCUCUCGGGCGCCUGCGGCAGCAGCCCAAUGAGGCCGCUCGUCGCCGCUGUCCUGCUCGUCACCAUCUGCGUCGUGGCGGCGGCGCCGCUACAGCGGCAUCACAAGCCCGGCAGGACCUCAGCCUGUUCUUCUCUUCUGGGAUCCAUGAUCAACCGUGGCUGUCUCUAACGGUAGCCGUGUGCGCGCGUGCGGCUCGCGCCCUGUGACCCACCUUGUGGCCGCUGCCUGGCGGCUGUACUCCUGCAAAUCGUAUAGCCAGUAGCCGCAAGGAGUACACGUAUGCUUCCGUCCCCGACUGCAUCAAGCAAUGAGGCAUGCUUGUUGCUUUGUACUACAACUACAAGAGAUCGGUUGUUUGGGAACGCGGUGGGCGUGCUGGACGACGACCCCGUGGGGAAGCUGAAGGUGUUCGUGUACGAGAUGCCGCGCAAGUACAACAAGAUGCUGGUGGACAAGGACAGCCGGUGCCUUCAGCACAUGUUCGCGGCGGAGAUCUUCAUGCACCAGUUCCUGCUGUCGAGCGCGGUGCGGACGCUGGACCCGGAGGCGGCCGACUGGUUCUACACGCCCGUGUACACGACGUGCGACCUGACGCCGCAGGGGUUCCCGCUGCCGUUCCGGGCGCCGCGGAUGAUGCGGAGCGCCAUCCGGUACGUGGCGGCGACGUGGCCGUUCUGGAACCGGACGGACGGCGCCGACCACUUCUUCCUGACCCCGCACGACUUCGGCGCGUGCUUCCACUACCAGGAGGAGCGCGCCGUGGAGCGGGGCAUCCUGCCGCUGCUCCGGCGCGCGACGCUGGUGCAGACGUUCGGGCAGCGGAACCACGUGUGCCUGCAGGACGGGUCCAUCACCGUCCCGCCCUACGCCAGCCCGCACAGGUUGCAGGCGCACCUCGUGGGACCCGGCACGCCGCGCUCCAUCUUCGUCUACUUCCGCGGCCUCUUCUACGACAUGGGCAACGACCCCGAAGGCGGCUACUACGCGAGGGGCGCUCGCGCGUCGGUGUGGGAGAACUUCAAGGACAACCCGCUGUUCGACAUCUCGACGGAGCACCCGGCGACGUACUACGAGGACAUGCAGCGCGCCAUCUUCUGCCUGUGCCCGCUGGGGUGGGCGCCGUGGAGCCCGCGGCUGGUGGAGGCGGUGGUGUUCGGGUGCAUCCCCGUGAUCAUCGCGGACGACAUCGUGCUGCCGUUCGCGGACGCCAUCCCCUGGGAGGACAUGAGCGUGUUCGUGGCGGAGCGGGACGUGCCGCGCCUCGACUCCAUCCUCACCUCCAUCCCGCUGCCCGACAUCCUGCGGAGGCAGCGCCUGCUGGCGAGGGACUCCGUCAAGCGGGCGCUGCUGUUCCACCAGCCCGCCAGGCCCGGGGACGCCUUCCACCAGGUGCUCAACGGGCUGGCGCGCAAGCUGCCGCACCGCGAGGGCGUGUUCCUGCAGCCCGGGGAGAAGGCGCUCGACUGGGACGCCGGACUCGAGAGCGACCUCAAGCCGUGGUAGUGGGCCAGUACCUAGCGGUUCACUUCUUCAUGUUCCUUCUUUCUUUUAUUCUCUGAUUUGAUUGGCAUUGGCAUCGAUGGAUGUUGGAUCACACAUUAGUUUUUGUAUACUACGGCCCGUUUACAUGCAGCAGCGCUAUACUGUAUACUCUGAAAAAGUUUGUUUGGAGGGAAGACGACCCCCGGCAGACGCCCCUGAUC